ACCUGCUUUAUAGCUAUGAUUGAUAUUGGGGAGAGAAUAACUAGACUGGCAGUGAUGAAACUGUGUAAAUAUUACAAAAUGAGACAUCUGCGGUACAAGAAGUGCAUUGCCCUUUGUAACAUCAACCCCAUCAACAAGGCAGGGGUGACUGCUACAGCUCGGGUGCUACUAGCAGCCAAGCCAGGUGAGCGAGAGCUUCUCCGGGGGCCAUCCAAGAGUGAGCCGGGUGAAUUCGUCAAGAUAGAGGGAUUUACCCGAGACAACCUCUAUGAACCAUUAUAUGCUUUGCACAGGUUUGAUCGACCAAAGCGAAUACCGAAGAGGAAAAUAUUUUCAGCAGUCUCGCCAGACUUAAAAAUUAAUGCUGAUAGAAUCGCUACUUAUAGAGACACACCGUUAUACGUAGAAGGUCCAAACGAUAAAGGGUAUGUUAUGUCAAAAACCAUCACUAACGGUUGUAUAAGAUGA